AUGAAAAAGUCACUGAUACCACAAUAUAUUUAAUUCGUUCGAAAUACAUUUGAAGACAUGAGCAUUGGCAAUAUUCCAUAUAAGAUUUUAGAUUUAAUAGAUGUAAAUGAGCCAGAUUGCACUGUUAUUAAAUUUCUGAUCUCACCAUCCAAAGGAAGAAGGGAUAAUUAAUUAUAUUUAAUUGUAUACUCCUUCCUUUAGUUUAAAAUUUAAAUGUUGCAUUACUUUACAGGAUAUAUUUAGUUAAUGAAUUAAUAUCCUUACUUCGUUCAUCAUAAAGGGAUAGGAGUCGUAAAUGAAAUGAUUAAUAUUGCAAUAGACACCGAAGAAAGUUAUACCUUAAAAAGUUGUAUAGAUAUGUAAAUAAUAAAGGAAAACGAUCUAUCGAAGAUCAUUUUGGAUUGGUUAAAAGGGUGGAGGAUUAUUUAAACUAAUAAAAUAGUUUAUCCAGGUCCUUAUGAUACAGCAUUUAUGGUUAAUGUGGAUACUUUACAAGGAAAAAUCGGCCAUCUUAAUCCCAGGAACUUUUCUCCUAGUAAUAAGUCAAAGAAUUAAUCAAAAAAUUUUUUGAAAUUUCUUUACGAGACUUUGCUUGGCCAAGAAAUAAGAACAGAAUAUGCAGAUGAAAAAAUAGGGAAUAAUAUGCCUAUUUAAUUUCUUUUUUUAUUUUAUAUGGUUUAAGAGCAAUCUAUGCCAGAUUUUGUUGCUUACUAUGAAAAAGAAAUGUUGAACAACUAAAAAAUCUUAGAAUUCUAUUAAAACUGUUUAAAUAGAGAUAUUCCUCAAAAUAAAUAUUUGUUCAAUAAUUCGGAUUUCAUAUCUUAGUAUUAUGAUUAAAUAAUAUUCUAAUCACCUUAACUAAGUCCUAAAGAACGAACACCAUAAGAAACCAAAAUAAUUCUUGAAAAUAGUUCUUCACUUGAUAAAACAUAAAAUGUGCCAUUUUAAAUAUAGUCCAUAUUUAUUAAUAGCAGAUUCACAAAUUAGGAGAUAUUUAUUCAGUAUUAUAGAUAUUUGAAUGAAGGAGAAUUGUUGAAAGCAUAUCAUUUGAUAAAAUAAUAUGAAGAGUCGAAUGAAGUGGAUUCUAUCACUUAUUUAGCUCUUUCAAAUACACUUUGUAAAAUUGUAGAAAACAAGACUUUGAAUGAUUACAUUUAAAGUUUAAAUGAAGAAGAUUUAUUAUAAUAGAUAGAGCUUGAGAAAAAUUAAAAAGACUAAUAUCCUAGUGAUGAAUCUAGUUAGUAAAAUCGUUUCUGGAAAUAUUAAUCAAAAUAAACUUAAUAAUAAAGUAAAGUACAGGAAUUAAACUUUUGGAGCUCAGGGGAAGGAGAAGAAAGUAAUACAAGUGUACAAUCAGUUGAAGUUUGUUCCUAAGAUUUAUUGUCUUAAAUUAAAAACCUAGAAUCAGCAAAGAAGCUUACUUUAAAGUAAUACACUCAAAAAAUAAAAUAGACAUACUAAUAAUCAAUAAACAAGAAUCCUUAUUCUGUUAUAUCCUACUUUAACCUUAGCUUAGAGUAUUACUAAGCAAAAUAAACUGAUAUAAUAAUAGACUUACUUAAAAAAUGUUUAGUCAUUUAAAAUUAAGAUUAUGAGGUUCUUUAUCAACUGAGUAUACUUUAUUGGAAUCAGUAAAACUAUAAAUUAGCUCUCAAAUACUUUAAAAAAUAGCUACUUAUAAAAAACUUUGAUUUGCAUGUUUGUUUAAACAUAUACAAGAGCUAUUAGCGCUUAAAUAAAGUUUGCAAUGCUAUAUACUACUUCAAAAAGUUAGAGUUAAAUUAUCCCUAAUUUUAAAAGAGUUCUCAAAAAUUAUGGAUGCAAAUUGAGGCUGAUAUGAUAUUAUCUGAUAUUAAUACAACUUUGGCUCUCACAUGA